AUGGGACAAAAGCGUUUGGCUGCAAUGAUUGAACAGGAUACUGGUGUGUGGCUGAAUAAUAGCUUUGAUAACCAAGAAUGGCUUGAAAAACAUUAUUCGGACUCUGCUCCAUCAAAAAGAAGCAUUUGCUAUUGGUAUGCCGAAUUCAAACGUGGUCGUACAGACACCGAUGACAUUCCAUCUACUGGAAGGCCAAAUGACGCUGUUAUUCCGGAAAACGUUGAAAAAACACUGAAAAUCAUUAUGUCCGACCGUAAAGUGAAAGUGAGGGAGAUUGCUGACAUUCGAAAGAUAUCAGCAGGCAGUGUACACACCAUAAUACACGAACAUUUGGGUAUGAAAAAGGUGUUUUCCAAAUGCGUGCCGUGUUUGCUCACACCGGAGCAAAAACAACAACGAAUCGAUGAUUCAAAGAGCUGUUUGGACAUGUUUACGCGCAAUAAGUCGCAGUUUUUGCGUCGGUACAUCGCAAUGGAUGAAACAUGGAUCCACCAUUUCACUCCAGAGUCAAAUCGGCAGUCUGCUGAGUGGCAUGCAGCCGGUGAAAGCCGCCCAAAGCGACCAAAGGCGCAGCAGUCGGCUGGCAAGAUUAUGACGUCUGUAUUUUGGGAUACGCAUGGAAUAAUAUUCAUCGACUAUCUCCAGAAGGGGCAGACCAUCAACAGCGACUAUUAUAUAGUGUUAUUGGAGCGUUGGAGCGUCUAUUAUAUAGCGUUAUUGGAGUGA